GUGUUGGACGGCUUUCUCUGAUAGCCCAACUCGUAUCACAGUGAAUGAAUGACGUGGAUUUCCAGUCACUUUACGUUUCAGCUUUGACUUGUACGCUGGUGGGAGUGCUGCUCUCUGUACUGCAUUAGUAGUGUGCUGUCUCAGCAACAACAUAAUGAGUAAAGCCAAGGGUGAGAGUCUUCGAGACAAGGUGGAUGGAAAUGAGCUGGAUCUCAGUCUGAGUAACCUCACAGAGGUCCCAGUGAAGGAGCUGGCCGCUGUUCCCAAAGCCACAGUCCUGGACCUUUCCUGUAACAAUCUUACCACUCUAACUCCUGAAUUCUGUAUGCUGACUCAUCUCAUUAAAGUCGACCUGAGCAAGAAUCAGCUGGUGAGCCUGCCUGAGGAAAUCGGGCAACUCUACAGCCUGCAACAUCUGGAUCUGUACAACAACAAGUUGACCAUGCUGCCUCUCAGCUUCUUCCAGCUCAAGAGUCUAAAAUGGCUGGAUCUUAAAGAUAACCCUUUGGAGCCAACGCUGGCCAAAGCUGCAGGAGACUGUCUGAAUGAGAAACAGUGCAGGCAGUGUGCAGGGAGGGUUCUCCAACACAUGAGAUUUCUCCAAGAAGAAGCAGAUAAAGAGCGGGAACGACGGCUCCUGAAGGAGAAAGAACAAGAAAAGAAGAGAGAAGCGAAGCAGAGAGAGAGAGAGGCCCGGGAGAGAGAAGCACAAAAAAAGAAAAAGGCCGAGGAGAAGGAGAGGAAAAGGAAGGAAUACGAGGCACAGAUGGCUGCCCAGGUCGCACAGGAACAACAGAAGAAGAAGAAAGAGGAGAAGAAAAAGAAAGCCAGCCAAAAUCAAGAUAAAAAGAAGGCCACUGGGGGCGCCCCUCAGACCAGGCGGUCUGCGUGCUCUCGGCUCUUCUCUCUGCUCCUCAGGAUUCUGCUCCUGGUUAUCAUCAGCGCUGCGGCAGUGAUUGGGGCUUGUCGUGUAACAGAGCUGAAGAAGCAGGCGCUUUGUGCUCCUGUAAAUCUGUACACAGACGAGGUGGUGAGCUGGGCCCGAGGCCUGGAUGUGGUGCAGCAAGUCAUUCAGAAAAUUUCCGACCUUCAACAAUGAACAAUCUCAUUGGCUCAGACUGACUGACGGCACAGCGUCCACCUCGCCCCGGGGUCCGGUCUGGAGAAGAACAUGUAUAGGCAGAGUUGCUCUGAGCAAUCUUGUUCCCUUGCUGUGGUGUCUCAUUUUAUAACCAUAGUUUCCAGAACAUAAAACAGGUGAAAGUGGACUUUCUGGGUCUUUAAGGCUGCUUUUGAGCUACUGAACAAAGAGGCAUGCUUUCAAAUGUGACCUUUUAACUCCUUGUUCAUAAAUUAAAGCAAACAGCUGCUAAAUUGGGAUCAUGCUUAAGUAUUUAUAAUCAAUUAAAGAAAAGAAAAAAAAAACACAGACAGGAUGUGUAAACUGUGCCUAUUUCUCUCCCAGUUUAAUGCAGAUACAAAUAAAGAGAAAAGAAAUUUGUGCUGUGAACGAAUGACAUGAUCGACUGUUUUUCACAGCAUGGUAAAUGUACUAAAUGUAUGAAUUUGUAUACAUUUGUAAUUUUAUAAAAAUCAAUUUUAAACAUCUCUGAUGUUUCGGGGAGAUUAAUGGCAUGAAUAAAUGUCACCAUAAGGCAAA